UAUCUCUUUAGACAUAAGCAUGAGCUAAGGGAAAGGGACCAGCCAUUUGAAAAGAAGCUUGUGUGCCUCCAGGAUGCCUAGGAAGUGGAUUUCAGUUCUGCUGCUGCUCCAGCUGAGUUGCCACUUCAGCCCUGGGAGCUGUGGGAAGGUGCUGGUGUGGCCCACAGAAUACAGCCACUGGAUCAACAUGAAGACAAUCCUGGAUGCACUUGUGCAGAGAGGUCAUGAAGUGACUGUUCUGACAUCCUCAGCUUCGAUUCUUGUUGAUCCCAAUAAGCCAUCUGCUAUUCAAUUUGAGAUUUUUCCUACAUCUUUAACAAAAGAUAAUUUUGAGGAUCUUUUCACGCGAGUGAUCUCUAAAUGGUCAUAUAUGCCAAAAGAUACAUUUUUUACUUAUUUUUCACAUGCACAAGAUAUCUUGUGGGAAUUUUUUGAUUGUAUUCAAACGCUCUGUAAAGAAGCAGUUUUGAACAAGAAACUUAUGACCAAACUACAGGAAUCAAGGUUUGAUGUCGUUCUUGCAGAUGCUGUUGGACCCUGUGGUGAGCUGCUGGCUGAGCUACUUAAAAUACCUUUUGUGUACAGUCUCCGCUUCUCUCCUGGCUAUAACAUUGAAAAGUUCGGUGGAGGACUUCCACUCCCUCCAUCCUACGUACCUGUUGUCUUGUCAGAAUUAAGUGAUCAAAUGACAUUCAUGGAACGAGUAAAAAAUAUGAUGUACGUACUUUAUUUUGACUUCUGGUUCCAAACAUAUAAUCACAAGAAGUGGGAUCAGUUUUAUAGUGAUGUUCUAGGAAGACCCACUACAUUAUAUGAGACAAUGAAGAAAGCUGAAAUAUGGCUCAUUCGAACCUAUUGGGAUUUUGAAUUUCCUCGCCCAUUCUUACCACAUUUCGAUUUUGUUGGAGGACUCCACUGCAAGCCUGCCAAACCCCUGCCUAAGGAGAUGGAAGAGUUUGUCCAGAGCUCUGGAAAACAUGGUAUUGUUGUGUUUACUUUGGGAUCAAUGGUCAGAAACAUAUCAGAAGAAAGAGCCAAUGUGAUUGCAUCAGCCCUUGCCCAGAUUCCACAAAAGGUUCUAUGGAGAUUUGAUGGCAAGAAACCAGAUACCUUAGGGCCAAAUACUCGGCUCUAUAAGUGGAUCCCCCAGAAUGACCUUCUUGGCCAUCCAAAAACCAAAGCCUUUAUAACUCACGGUGGAACCAAUGGCAUCUAUGAGGCGAUCUACCAUGGGAUCCCUAUGGUGGGCCUCCCUAUGUUUGCGGAUCAACCUGAUAACAUUGCUCACAUGAAGACCAAGGGAGCAGCUGUCAGAAUGAACUUCAACACUAUGUCUACUUCAGAUUUACUCAAUGCAUUGAAGACAGUCAUUAAUGAUCCAUCGUGAGUACCAUAAUUUUAAUAGUAUUUAUAGAUUCUUUUGUCUGUGACAAGUACAAGUUUCAUCCCACACUGAGAAAUUAAUUUUAAAGUUAUUAACAUGAUUUAACUAAUUUAAAUCUGCUUUUAUUUUCAACCAGACAUUAACUUCAAAGUUUCUUUUAACCUGAUUGAACAGGUAAUCAAUUACUGCAACAGUUUUCUACACAAGCAUACACAAAGUUAUAUUGUUCACUACAAGGACACGUUUUUAAAAAUAUGAUAGAACCCAUAGAAUGAAGAAAUGAAGAACUGAAGAAGUUGCAUAAAGUAUUUCAAUUUAGUGCCAAACAUUUCUGAAACUAUAAAUCUUGUGGGGGUGAGGGGAAGGGGGUUCCAUGGAAAGUUCUCUACAGGGUGACCUGAUCAUAAAUUCCUAACUGUGAAGGUACUGAUGAGCAGAUAUGCUCCAGGGCUAUAACUUAUUUACUGAAAUGUUUUUACACCAGACCUGCCCAUUAUUUUUAUUUGUUUGUUUGUUUGUUUUUGUGUGGGGGGGGUUGUUUGUUUGUUUUUUGCAUCUAGCUUAAUACUCCUUUUAUUGAUAAAUACCAGAAAUAAUACCCCUCAAAAGAGGCACUACCCAGCUGGCGUCGCUCAGUGGUUGAGCAUUGACCUGUGAACCAGGAAGUCACAGUUUGGUUCCCAGUCCAAGCCACAUGCCCAGGUUGCAGUUGUGAGCUUGGUCCCCAAUGGAAGGUAUGGGGGAGACAGCUGAUCUGUAAUUCUCUCUUGUCAUUGAUAUUUCUAUCUCUCUCCCUCUCCCUUCCUCACUGAGAUCAAUAAAAAUGUAUUUU